AAACGCGCGCGCGCGUGGAAAGACGAAAAACCGAAGAAAAAUCAGAUAAUCAUCAUAUUAUUUUUCAUAAUACGCCAAGCGCGUUUAAAAUUAUAAUAACGAAAUUUGUAGUUAACACGUAUACAUACAAGGAAACAAGAAUCACUGUUAAAGAGGAGGUUGAUCUAUAACUGCUGCGGUUUUUUUUUGUUUUGUAUAAUGUACGAAAUAUGCGAACGUGAAAGAAAUAAAUAAGUUGACAGAUGUAGAUAAUCGUUUUAUUGUUUUUACAACAUGCCGUAAACGCGCUGUAUAGAGAAUGUGCGAUGACAGACGUAUUCACAUAAGUAUGUAGCAAUUUUAUGUAUUCUGCUACACCAUUUUAUUUGGAAAAUUAUUGUAUGCCUCGUAUUUCGUAUUUCGUAUGAAUUGCAGGCGUUAAGAAACUCUAUACUGCAACUCGAUGGUAUUGUAUAGCAAGAUCUGUUUGUAUUAAACUAGGUUUGCUAUAAUAAUGGAAUGCAAACAAUAAAUUCUUUUUCAUCGCAUGUUUUGCGUCGACGUUACAUCGGUAUACAUAUAUACUUGUAUGUAUGUAUGUAUAUUCUUUAAAGACCUUGAUCAAGUUCAGAUCUACCUCAUCUGAAGCAGAAACUAGAAUGAAAUAAGAGUUCUAAAAAUCUGCUAGAAUUAAACGAUAGAUUUGUAUGCAGGGUCUAGAGAGGCUGUAGCAAGGUACUAUAAAGUACUGUAUUUAGAUUGCGAUAAACGCAAACACGUGCCCUCGUUUAUUUGAAACUACUUGUAAGGAAAUUUAUUUUACCAUUACCAUUCUUAAUCAUAUAUUACGAAUAUUACUCGAUUAAUAGGAUCGACGAUGCUUGCAUUAAAAAUCAUAAAGUAAGUGCAUUAAAUUUUUUUUCCAUGUACCAAUUAAACCUUAAGUAAUUAUUCUUGAAUAGUAUAUUUAUUUAAUAAUAAAAUAAUUUAUAUUAUACGGCUGCAUUUAUUUAAUGUUCAAACUAUGGAUAAUUCCAAUUUUCCUUAUUCAUUUUAUAGUGAUCUUCAGUGGGAAUAUACAUACAUACAUAGACAUGUAACGUAGUUAUACGUAUAGUUUACAAGAUAGUUGGACGUGACGAGAAAUUGACCAUAUUUAUUCGUGAAUUUCGAUUUGUUCAAUCAUAUUUGUUUAUUUCGUUAUUCUUUCUAAAGAUGGAUGUAAUGCACUGGAAUUUGGAGCAACGAUGCUUAGAAAGUACAUUAUCGCUAAAAGACUUACGAGCGAAAUUAUUUCCUGGAAAUGAUCGAAAAUUUGAUCGUGCAGCAGUCAUAAGCGAAAACAAAUAUACUCCAAAAACUUUAGAAGGUUAUUGGUUUGAGCGUAGAGCAGUUUAUAUACCUGAAUAUGUCGAGUGGAAAAGUAUUUACGAUACAGAUUACAAAGCUCAUAUUAAUAAAAGUUGGAAGGAGAAUCAAAUUGCAAAAUGGGAUAACAAACUUGAGCUCGAGGGUAUGUCUCGAGAGAAAUUAUUGGGUCUGAAAAAGCAAUAUUAUAGCAACAUGACGACAACUUAUGAUUUGUCGUAUAAUAUUUUACCAAAGGGUCUUAAAGGGCCUAGAAAUAGAUCGUAUCAUGCAAGACAAAGAAAAUGGAUUCCAGAACUAGAUCUGACAAAAAGUUAUGGUAAUUUGACACAGUUUGGAUUAAAGGAUGCAAUGGAGGAAGAAAUAUAUAAAAAUUCAGAGGAUGGGAUAGCUGAGUGUCGAUGGCAGACUACUUAUAGAGAAGAAAUUGGCCAACUAACGCCAGUAAAUGUUGAACGAAAUACCCGAUUCAACAGACGUAUAGUGGACUUUAAUGUACCAGAUCUUAAACAUUUCGAACAGAAAUCGUCAGAUAUCGAACGUUGUUUACUUUCGUUUAAAGCUACAAAUUCCAAAUCGAUUGUAAAAUAGAACAACAGGGAGGACAAUGAGAGCCAGGGGAAUAGGGGAAGGGUUAACGAAAAGGGCGGGAGGGGAGCUGUGCGGGGGGUUUUGGACAGCAAGACGUAAAUUAAAUUCAUUGUAAGAACGAAAUAAGAAAUUAUGAAUCAAUAAAAUUGUGAUAUAUAUCAGAUAAAGAUAUAUAUUUUAUUAAGUUGUUUAAACAUCACAUUGUGAUGUAUAAUAAACAUGUUAUAUAUUUUCACAAAUGUGCAGAACAUUUCAGAUUCACAUCUUACGCAUGUACAAAAUUGUUGAAUGUUACAUGUAUCUUAGAAACUAUCUUCUUCUUAACGUUACCUUAAAUUCAUUGAAAAUCGUAAUUAAAUUAUUAGUACAGUCUUAUCGUUGUGUAUUUAAGAAAAACGGAAUUCGUGUAUGGAAGCACGCUGAUGUGGGUAUUUUUUAUAUAUUAACAAAAUUUCGCCUGAAAAUAACGUCAAGGUUCAUUUUAGCACAAUUU